CUUUGAUGGUUCGGAACUCUCUCGGUUGGUGCGUGUGCAUGCGUGUAGUAGCUGUUUGUGAAAAAUUCCCAUAUUCCGUAUACGCGUUGAAUAUUCAAUCGUAAUUCGUUUGCUCUGCUCUUUACGUAUAGUUUUAUUCGGGUAACAUAUGUUUUAACUGCAGCGUUUUAUUCGUGUUGUUAAGUUUUCGUGUACUGUCCAGAAAACUGGCAAGGAAUUUAUACAGCUCAAAAGUGCAGGAUUCUGACCGAGUGUAAAGUGACGACGACGUGAUCGAUGACGAAAUUGCCACUUGCUACAAAAUCACUUACGGCAAAAGUUAAUCGAAAAUAUUGUAAAAUCAUUACAUAAAUGCAAGUGCGUUAUUGUUAUUGCGUUUACGGUUACCACUAGGCAAAGGUUCUCGCAGUGUACAGAACGAUCAAAAGCCGACAAAACGGAUCAAAAAGUAGAGGACGAUAGCAGUUGCAACGUCAGUGAGAACAGUAGCAGCAGCGGCAGCGGCAACGUCAACAAAGGCUGCGGUGGUGGCGAAAGUCGCAAGCGAAAGUUAGCCAUGUACAAGAUGCCAGAAAUCAAACCGAUUCCGAUGCAGACCCAGCAACAUCUACCCCAGGGAGGAGGUGGACCGAACGGUCGUCAGCCGAAGUCUACUCCGAUCACAGAGGAUUACGAAAUUUCCAACACGGUCCUGGGGCUUGGCAUCAACGGCAAAGUAGUGCAAUGCACCAGCAAGAAAACGGGCAGCAAGUACGCGCUUAAGGUGCUGCACGAUAAUGCUAAGGCCCGGCGUGAGGUGGAGCUACACUGGAGGGCAAGCGGUUGCCGCAAUAUUGUAAACAUCAUCGAUGUCUACGAGAAUAGCUACAGUGGAAACCGAUGUCUGCUGGUCGUCAUGGAAUGCAUGGAAGGAGGUGAACUUUUCCAGCGUAUUCAAGAACGACAGGAUGGUCCAUUCACUGAAAGAGAGGCCGCUCAGAUCAUGCAUGAAAUUUGUGUCGCUGUCAAGUACUUGCACGAUUCCAAUAUCGCACACCGGGACCUUAAGCCGGAGAACUUGCUGUACGCUUCGCCCCACCCGAACGCACUCCUGAAACUGACCGAUUUUGGCUUCUCGAAGGAAACGUUCGUCAAGGACACGCUGCAGACGCCCUGCUACACACCGUACUACGUCGCCCCGGAGGUGCUCGGUCCGGAGAAGUACGACAAGAGCUGUGAUAUCUGGUCGCUGGGUGUGAUUAUGUACAUUCUGCUGUGUGGAUUCCCUCCUUUCUACAGUAAUCACGGUUUGGCGAUCUCACCCGGAAUGAAAACGCGCAUCCGAACCGGCCAGUACGAUUUUCCUAACCCGGAAUGGCAGAACGUGAGCCAGGCUGCCAAAGACCUCAUCAAGGGCAUGCUUAGCGUUGAACCGGAGAAACGACUAACCAUCGAUCAGGUCAUGCGAAACCCUUGGGUUCGGCUUUACACAGAAGUUCCUCAGACGCCACUGCACACGGGACGUGUCCUAAAGGAGGGUGAGGAAACCUGGCCAGAGGUUCAGGAGGAAAUGACGCGAUCACUCGCUAAUAUGCGCGUGGAUUAUGAUCAGAUGCACAUCAAAAAUUUGGACAGCUCGAAUAAUGCGCUUCUAAACAAACGAAGAAAACGGGGCGAAGAUAAGGUGAAGAAGUAAUUUUAUUGAAAGGAAUGCAGCUUUGACGUUUUACUACACCUGUUCAACAUUUCCAUCGAAAAAUAAGCCUAAAAAAUCAUUCGGCGAUAAUAGCAACAGCAGCAGUUUGUGCGCAUUACACACGUUGAUAAAUGAAAAAAAAAAAGCAUGCAGGAGAAAGUCGACGAUUAUGACGUUAUUUGUCAUGUUAUGCCCUAUCGCAGUACUUCAUCAUGGCUCGGAGCAGUCUACCGCGGGAAGGAAAAGUUACAGACGGGCGAUAGUUACAAAUAGCGUAAUGUAAAUGCAUAUAUACAGAAUUAUUAGGUAUGUUUAGACGGCAUUGUUUGAGUAGCAUACAGUUAACGAUCAGAAAAGAUGUGUUGAAAGGUAUUCCGAGCAGUGAAGGAAAGCUCAAAACUUGUCACUAGUUUAAUGUGAAUACCCAGUGCGUGAUAACUAUUAUAUGUAUGGUACGGUAGUAGUGUUUUAAGCAGCGCAAUCAAAUGGCCAAACGUGUUUUUUUUUCGAGAAUAGCAACAGCUAUAAAUACGAGCGACGGUUUUAAGUUCAUGAUAUGGACAAAAAUGUUCUAUUUUCACUUUAUGACGUAUUUUAAAUUUUUGUUACUUACUAGAUUCGCAAACCACAAAGACGUAGCAAACCUAAGUUAAGUUUUAUAACAGAACAAUUAGAAACUAAGACGACGGUGCUUUAAUUUGCCCGCUCACAGUUCAGUAAAAAUAGCAUCACUACUAUUGAUUUUAAUUUCUAAUUUUAAACAUACAAUCAAAAUAAUGUUAAUUUCACUCGAUUGCGAUUGAAGACAGGUUAUAAUGGGAGUUGGAAUAGUAUAUCGUUCCAUGCCAAACUUACAUAGACAUGUAAUAAUCAGUCCUAACACAACGUAUGUCAAUGAGCUGGAGUAACAUGAAACCAACAAGUCUGUACACAAUUUAUUUUUCUUGGCAAAUGAGGACGUUGGAAGGCGAGAAUGAGGAAAAAUCAUACACGAUAGAAUGGCAACGAAUUUCUCAUUUUCAAUUACACUGAGAAAAGAACAUAGAAGUUAUUUAAAUCAAAAUAUUUUACCGUCACAGACAAUGUUUGAACGAAAGAGUUUGUAAGAGUUCAAAAACGCCCUAUUAGAAGAUAACAUGUAAGUCCAUCCAAUUUUGACACAUAAAACAUUGCAUUGCAUAGAACUUGAGAGAAUUACUAGUAAUGAACCUACUUAAAUAUACCUGGCUGGGAAGCGCGAGCUUAGCUUAAGCUUGUUAAUUUUUUUAAUCAAAAAUACCGUAGAUAUAAUAACCACGCAAUCAGUUGUGACCAUCCAUCGAUUACGCUCCCGCAAUGUGGCGUGGAGACGAUGUAAAGAUGUAUUUAUUUCGCAUUUCCCAUUAGUUUACUUAUCACUUCCAUACAAAAAAAAAGAAAAGAACAGGGUUGUGACGCCCCUCCCAUAUUAGUUGAAGGCGAAUGCCAUAGCAGCAUGUACUAAGUUAUUAAAAAAUAGGAAACCUUUGAAAGGUCGGCUUAGCUGUAAAAAGAAAACAUGAUAGCAACUUAAGAACGACACGCAAAAAAAAAAAUGGGAUGGAACUUUCCGAUAUGCCAAUAAAAACCAUCGUAUACAUCACGCUAGUUGACUGGUUGAAACAGUGCAAACUCAUGUUCGUUUUAGGUUUCCUUCCAAAGGUUACGGAAAUAUAUUGUUGAAUCUAUA